AACCAUAUACAGAGUCUGAGAAUGUAGCUUAUCUAGAUGUUAGAGGGCUAAGGAAAGAGCAGGGGACAGCUGAGGGCAGAAGCCUUGAGACCAGGAAGUGGACAGCAGUGACUUGGAUUCUCCAGGUCCUUUGGUUGUUUGGGGUUUGACCUUCCUCUACUAAGCAGAAUCUUUGUGAUCCAACUGUGGAACAGCACAGAAAUCAGCUGAUCUCAGGAAGUGGUUUCUUGGCAUGGGUACGUUUUGAAUCGAUGGGGACUCUUUGAGCUGGGAAGUAAUACCCUCCGGUCGGGGGAAACCUCACCGGAGAAGGGACGAUCAAAGCCUCAGGGUGAUCAUUGCAGAACCAACGCUCACCGGCAGGCCGAGUCCAGAACGACUGCCCCUGGCUCUUCCGUCGCCUCCCCACUCCCUUCCUGAGUCUUCGCAGGAUGUCUGAGAACAGCACAGCCCUGAGCGUCCAAGAUGCUGCGUACAUUGCUGUGGAGAGUGUCAUCGGCUUAUGUUCCGUCGUGGGCAAUGCGUUGGUCAUCUGGGUGGUGUGGCUCAACCCGAGCCUGCAGAACACCACCUUUUACUUCAUCAUCUCCUUGGCCCUGGCUGAUAUCGCUGUGGGCAUCCUGGUCAUUCCCCUCGCUAUCGUGGUCAGCCUUGGGGUCCCCAGCUACUUCUACAAUUGCCUCUUCAUGUCCUGCCUUCUGCUGGUCUUCACCCAUGCCUCCAUCAUGUCCCUGCUGGCCAUCGCCGUGGACCGCUACCUGAGGGUCAAGCUCACUAUCAGGUAUAAAAGAAUCACCACUCACAGACGAAUCUGGAUGGCUUUGAUACUCUGUUGGCUGAUAUCUUUCCUGGUGGGCUUGGUCCCCAUGUUUGGCUGGAACACGAAACUUUCCCCAGGUGGACCAGGAAACUCGAGCCACCUGCCAUGCAAAUUCCUCAGUGUCAUGAGCAUGGAUUACAUGGUAUAUUUCAGCUUUUUCGCCUGGAUCCUCAUUCCCUUGAUCAUCAUGUGCAUUAUCUACUUGGAUAUCUUUUACAUCAUCCGGACCAAGCUAAGUCAGAACAUGUCUGGUUCCAAGGAGGCAGGCACUUUCUACGGGAAAGAGUUCAAGACGGCCAAAUCCCUGGCUCUGGUACUGUUCUUGUUUGCCGCGUCCUGGCUGCCGCUGUCCAUCAUCAACUGUGUUUUGUAUUUCUUCCCCCAGAGCAAGCCACCUAUGCAGGUGAUCUACCUGGGUAUCCUGCUAUCCCAUGCCAACUCCAUGAUGAACCCCAUUGUUUAUGCUUGCAAGAUCAAGAAGUUCAAGGAAACCUACCUCCUGAUCUUCAGAUCCUACAUCCUAUGCCAGUCUUCCAACUCCACAGAGCCCACUGUGGACUCUGCAGCCUAUCGGCCCUCUCGGGAGCUAACAGUGCUGCGGAGGUCAAGCACGACGACCUUUACGCCUGCUUCCCUCAGUGGAGACUGGGGACAAUAGUCCUUUGGUUCCAUACCCUAUCUGAACAGGAGUUUCCCACCUAUGCUCUGGAAAGUGAUGGAAUUACCCAAGAAACCUGGAAGCAUUCUCUGAUUUCAGUCAGUUUCCACCGGUUUCAAAUGGCCCUGCCUUGGGUUGAAUGAGUGGGGCUGGCGUUUGGGGUGAGGAGAUAGCCUUAGUUGACUCACCUCAAAAUGGAAGAGACUCCAGUUGGUCACUGACAGAAACCUAGCACCAGUCAGGCUCUGCUCUGGGGCCCCUUUCAGGCCCAAAUCCUUGGGGUCUGGUAAGCGAGAAUGGAGAAUGAAUUGGAUGUAGCAAUUGCUUCAACGGUUGUUGCACUGGCAUGUGAAUGUAAUUGAGCAAAUAAAAAGAUAUCUCCUCA